AUGGCGUCCGCGCUCAGAGACCGCUCUGCCUCUGCCUCCAUCCCAUCUUUCACCGCCGACACCCUUGGCCAUAUUCCCGUCCCAUCCCUCUUCACCGUGUCCCCACAGACCGCGGCAUGGCUUUGGACGACGCUCGCUGUGGUCGCCGGCCUCCUCGUCCUUGAACAAUCCGUCUGGCGCUACAAGAAGCGUCACCUCCCCGGCGACAGCUGGACCAUCCCCAUCAUCGGCAAGUUCGCGGACUCGAUGAAGCCCACCAUGGAGGGCUACAUGAGGCAGUGGAACUCUGGCGCGCUCUCAGCCAUCAGCGUAUUCAACAUCUUCAUCGUCAUGGCCUCUUCCAACGACUUUUCGCGCAAGAUCCUUAACUCGCCGAGCUAUGCCGAGCCUUGCCUCGUCCACUCCGCGAAGCAGAUCCUCCGCCCCGACAACUGGGUGUUCCUUACUGGAAAAGUCCAUGUGGAAUACCGCAAGGUCCUGAACACCCUCUUCACUCGCAAGGCCCUCGGAAUCUACACCCACGUUCAGGACCUGAUCACGAGGAAAUACAUCAAGCAGUGGCUCGCCGAUGCUGCGAAGGACCCUUCGGCGAAGCCGAUCAUGAUGACCUGCCGUGACCUCAAUAUGGAGACCUCGCUCAAGGUGUUCUGUGGCCCUCACAUCGACGAUGUUGCGGCCAGGGAAAUUGCUGACAGGUACUGGGACAUCACCGUCGCCCUUGAGCUCGUCAACUUCCCGCUCGCGCUCCCCGGAACCAAGGUCUACCGUGCGAUUCAGUGCCGCAAGAUCGCGCUCAAGCACCUUGAGAACGCCGCUGCCAAGAGCAAGCAGGCCAUGGCCGCGGGCAAGGAGCCCGAGGGCAUGCUCGACCACUGGGUGCGCACGAUGAGCGAGCCUGGCUACAAGGGCCGCAAGGACUUCUCGGACCUCGAGAUGGCGAUGGUCGUGUUCUCCUUCCUCUUCGCCUCGCAGGACGCCAUGUCCUCCGGCCUCAUCUACGGCUUCCAACACCUCGCGGACCACCCCGAGAUCUACCGCAAGGUGCUCGAGGAGCAGGAGCGCGUGCGUGGCGGCGACCCGGACCGGCCGCUCACGCUCGAGAUGCUCGACGACAUGCCGUACCUGCGCGCGUUCGUGCGUGAGAGCAUGCGCGUGAAGCCGCCGGUGACGAUGGUGCCGUACAAGACGCUGAAGGCGUUCCCGAUCUCGGACGACUACACGGUGCCCGCGGGGAGCAUGGUCAUCCCGAGCUUCUACAACUCGCUGCACGACCCGGAGGUGUUCCCCGCGCCGGACGAGCUCCGGCCGGAGCGCUGGCUGGACCCGAACGGGAGCGCGAACCAGAACCCGAAGAAUUAUUUGGUGUUCGGGAGCGGGCCGCACAAGUGCAUCGGGCUCGAGUACGCGAUGAUGAACAUCGCGCUCGUGCUCGCGGACGCGGUGAUGCUCAUGGACUGGGAGCACGUCAAGACGGAGAAGAGCGAUAAGGUCCAGAUCAUCGCUACUCUGUUCCCCCAGGACGGCUGCUUGAUGAAGUUCCGCCCGCGCACGCGUGCAUGA